AUUGAACAUCCCUAACUUCACAUUCACAAAUUAUAAAGUUGAAUUUCCUGAAAUUUACAUGCUGAAAUUCAUGGAAAGAAAUUUUCCAACUAGUUAUCUGUUUGAAGUACAACAUGAAGCUAAACAGCAAUAUACAAAUUAUGGGACGAAAUAUUAUUUUAGUGCCUUACAAAGAACGCCAUGUGCCUAAAUACCAUAACUGGAUGAAAUCAGAAGAAUUACAAAAACUUACGGCAUCAGAACCUUUAACACUGGAAGAAGAAUACAAAAUGCAAAAAUCUUGGCAAUUAGAUGAUGACAGUAAUGAUAUUGAAUUUAACUUUAUCUAGACAAAGUUAAAAAUGUUGAAGUUAAUUAUCAAUUACAUUUUCAGAAUGUACUUUUAUUAUACUGGAUAAAUAUGCUUUAUGUGAACAAAACAGUACUGAGAUUGAUGCAAUGAUUGGUGAUACAAAUAUUUUCAUAACAAAUAAAGACAAAAUGCUUGGUGAAAUUGAAAUCAUGAUUGCAGAGAAAACAGCGAGAGGUAAAAAAAGAGGUUGGGAGGCAGUCAUUUUAAUGCUUCUUUAUGGAAUCCAUCAUAUUAAAAUAAAUAUCUUUGAAGCAAAAAUUUACAUUGGCAAUACUGUAAGUAUUUCUUUGUUUGAAAAGUUAGGAUUUGAAGAAAAAACGAGAAGUGAAAUUUUCCAAGAAAUAACAUUGGAAAAAAUUGUGGAUGAGAAAUGGAUCAAAAGUCUAGAAAGUAAUUUUUUGUUGGAAAUACAAAGUUAUUAAUAAAUUGUUCUUAAGAUAUUUCUUGUCUUUCUUAAAAUCAAAAUCAUAUUUUUCUUUAUCAGUUAACCAGUUCAGUUCAGACUUGAGUGAAUGAAAGUAUGGAAACUUAAUACAAGUCCCUCACAAUGAACACACAAGCACAUUAUUCACCAAGGGUAGCAGACAGAAAAUAACACAAUAUUAAUACAGUUAUUAAUUACUGCUGAUGCAGGCUGUCUCCGUUUGCAUCAUCUGUGCAAGCUGAAAUGUUAUUAUGAUAAUAAUGAUAUAAUUUUAACUAUAGGACUUUUGCUCCAGUUUAUAUAUAUAAAAAAAAAAUUGAUAUACCACAUUUUUAAAACUGACUAAAAAGUAUAAAAUACUUUUUUAUAUUCUUACAUUGUCAUCCAAUUCUAAGCUAUGUUCAAUAUUUCAAUUAACUAGCUUGUUGGGAAUUUAGUUUAAAAUCAAUUUCUAAAUUCGACCCGAUUGUUUUAGCAAUACCACUCCAUGAACUGAUGCAGUAGUCUAUAAGUGGUUGGCAUAGAGUGUACACUGUGUGUGCUUAAGAGAUCUAAAGAUGUAAACUAGUUUGCAUAACCUAUAGACUUUGCGUUAUAGCAUGGUGCGGGUGACAACUUACACUUUUGGCAUGUCCAGAGAUGGAAUAUUGUUAAAUCGAGUUAAAAAAGACGAUUAAUGAUACACAAAGCAAAGCAAAAACUAUCGAUGAGCUAUCGAUAUAAAAAUUAAAACGGAAACAUAUGUUUCUUUAUAAACUACAAUGCAUGUAAAAUUAAGUAAAAUUUUAAUAUAAAUUAUAACAUAAUAGCUGUUCCCGGACCUCGCCCCUUUUGCUGUUUAUUACGUUUGGAUUUCAUGAUUUUAAUUUUUUUGCACAGAAUCCUAAUUUUUUUUUCUAAAAUAAAAUUCGCCUGUAUUAGUCCUUAUAACAUCAGCUAUCUGUCAGUGUCAUCUAUAAGCCGGAACAAACAGACAGUAAGACAAACAUUGUAAAAAUUGUUUUUGUCUUUGUUAUAAAUUCCGUAUAUUAUAAUUUCAUAUGUAUUUAGUAAAAGGCUGUUAUUUUGAUAUUUCAAAUAGGGAUGUGAAAAAAGAAUCCAUUUUCAUAUUAAUCGAUUAUUUUUUCUUAUAAUCGAUUUUUAAAAGUAGAUUUUUUUAUAAUAAAAAUCGAUUUUUAAUAAAUCGAUUAUGUAACUUACGUGUUUUAAUCGCUUUUUGUAAUCAGCGUCAUCUGUGCGAUGGAUGUAAAAAAGUGAAGUUCAAUAUCAUGAAUAAGUCGAUCAAAAGAACAGCGUCAUCUGUGCGACAGAUGAAAAAACGCUAAGUAAGUUCACUAACAUGAACAAGUCAUCAAAAGACGGUGCCACCUGUAUUUAUCUCUACAUAUGCAAAACAGUUUCGCCUUUCGUAUGUUCUCAACGUACUAUUCUGUGGUUUUGUUUCUUUCUUUAGAGAAUGUAAAUAAUUGUUGUAACAAUAAAAAUGUCUUGUAAAACACCUAAUAAUGGCUGACGAAAGUAUUUUAUAAUGAAAAAAUAAUAGCGGCCAACACGUCAAUAGGCAAAAAUACUGAAUUGGACCUUUAUAUUGCGGCACCACUCAAAUCUCAAAGCAGAUGCCCUCAAUAUAUGGAGCUCUGAAGAAACUUUCCCUAAACUGACCGAAUUGGCUCUUAAACACCUCUUUGUGAUGGCCAGUUCCGCGCCAGCCGAAAUAUUAUUUUAAAAAGUGGAAAAUAUUGUCAGGAAAAAAACGAAACUGUGUUUUACAAAACAGACGAAAAAGAAUGUUGGUAAAAUUAUUGUUUUUAAACUCUUUAACUGAAAAUUCAUGGCAAUAUUAUUUACUUUUUUUGUUUACACAAGUUUAAAAAAAGAUUUGUCUUGUAUUUUAGUUUUGAGACCAAAAUGUUGUCCUUUGAUUAGUUAUAAUUAUAUUUUUAAUUUAUUUUCAUUCUAGUCCAAUGUAAAUAAUACUAAACAUUAGUGGCAAUAAUUAUUUAUAGUUUUUUUGUUUAAACUUAAAGUUUAAAAAAAUAUUUAUUUUGUAUAUUAGUUUUGAGACCAAAAGGUUUGAUUAUUUAAACUUAUAGUUUUGUUUUAUUUUCAUUCUAAUCUAAUGUCAAUGGUUCUGAACAUUUGUAGCAAUAAUGAUAUUUUUCGUUUGUUCAAACUUACUUUAAAAAAACUAUUGUUUACUAAACUUAUCGUUUCUUUUUAUUUUGGUUCUAGUUCUAAUAAAUUGUUAAAUGGCAUGUGGCAAUAGC